CUAAACGCACCAUUUCACAGUAGAAGAAGAAGUUACCUAGCUUGGUUAGGAUAACAUGAUAGCAAACGUUUGCUAGUAUGACAUAUUCAGAAGACACUUUGUUGGAGUCGUGUUUUGGUCAACUUGACAGAUAUAAGUCCAGUCAGUGUUCCUUUUAAUUAUAUUUCGCUUUCUACUAACUAAUGAGGACAUUUUCAGUCUUUGUUUGGACCUAACCCAACCUGAGUACAGUAGUGUCUCUGCAGGUUGAGGUUGUAACGUUAUCUUUAACCAAAUAAAACACCUCAGAGAUUGAAACAUGAUUCCCAGAAGGCACAGUCUGUGACCUCUACACUUGAGCUCAGCUGGAGGAACUGCUGAUGUUCCCUGUGUAUCCUGCAGAUGGCACCACAGGAACACUGUAACAGUAACUGCAUCAAGGGACUCGACAACAAGUCGGCCAGGUGGAUUCACAAUCACACUGCUGCGCCCCUGUCAUCUGAGGCUGAUGGACGUGGCUCCUUCCACAGAACAGUUUAUUGCCUUUGUGUCUUUGUUCUUCAUCCUGGUCUCCAUCACCACCUUCUGCCUGGAGACUCACGAGGCUUUCAACACCAUCAUCAACAAGACUGAGCUCAUGCGGAACAGCAGCGUGCCGGACUCAGGCCCACAGUAUGAGAUUGAAACCGACCCUGCACUCACCUACGUGGAGGGUGUUUGUGUUUUCUGGUUCACCAUUGAGUUCUUGGUGCGUGUGACCUUCUGUCCGGUCAAGUUGGAAUUUUUUAAGAGUUUACUCAACAUUAUUGACUUCGUGGCCAUCCUGCCUUUCUACUUGGAGGUAGGGCUGAGUGGCCUUUCCUCGAAGGCUGCCAAGGAUGUGUUGGGUUUCCUCAGGGUGGUGCGCUUUGUUCGUAUCCUGCGUAUCUUCAAGCUGACACGUCAUUUUGUGGGUUUAAGGGUGCUUGGCCACACAUUACGUGCCAGCACCAAUGAAUUCCUGCUGCUCAUCAUCUUCCUGGCGUUGGGAGUGUUAAUUUUUGCCACUAUGAUCUACUACGCCGAAAGAAUUGGUGCUAAGCCAAAUGACCCGAGUGCUGCCGCCCACACCGAGUUCAAAAACAUCCCUAUUGGCUUCUGGUGGGCUGUGGUAACAAUGACAACACUGGGCUAUGGCGAUAUGUAUCCAAAGACAUGGUCAGGCAUGGUUGUGGGUGCUUUGUGCGCCUUGGCGGGUGUGCUGACGAUAGCAAUGCCCGUGCCUGUUAUCGUCAAUAACUUUGGGAUGUACUACUCUCUGGCCAUGGCCAAGCAGAAGCUGCCCAAGAAGAGGAAGAAACACAUCCCUCAGGUGGUGCAGGGAGGUUCCCCCAUCUACUGCAAAGCUGAUCUCAACACCACCUGCAACAGCACUCAAGGGGACUUGUGCCAUGUCAAAGGGACCAGGGUACUGGAACGCAACCGUUCAGUCCUGUCAGCUGACUGCAGCGGGGGCAGUGACCUGACUCUGUCCCCGGAGGAGAGGGUCCCCAUGAGAAGGUCCAGCACCCGGGAGCAGGACCGUCAGAGCGGGGGAACGUGCUUCCUGCUCGCUGCUAGUGACUACACCUGCCCUGCAGACGGAGGGCUCCGGAAAACAGGCUAUGAGAAAUCCCGGAGCUUAAACAACAUAGCGGGCGUGGCCGGUAACGCCCUGAGGGUGUCGCCUGUGACCUCGCCGUAUGGAUCUCCGUGCCCCCUGCGGCGCUCCCGCUCCCCCAUUCCCUCCAUCCUGUGAGACGUCCAGCCCUCCGCCACUUUGGCCUAAACCACCCCACACCUUCCCCCACACACACCAUCUCCCUUUGGUAUUACACCCAAACUCUUCUAGAUGUUGUGGCUAGUGGAUGAGUACCUUUGUAGCUACGUUUUCUGUUAGCAGCUGCGGCUAACUCUUCACCUUUCUGCUCUUUUCAUGAAGGUACGUGUGCUUAGCUUAGCUUUAGUCACCCCUCCUGUGUCACUUGGAGUUUAGCUCGAUAUUGCCCCAUUUUGAGACUUGCAAUAACAGACUCUACUGGUGGCUUCAGAAGUAGCAGCCAUAACAUUUAAUAAAGGACACAUUACUAAUCAGGGAUAUUAGAUGUUGCUAUAUUUAGAUACUUUGAAAAAGAUGUGCUUCCAAAAAAAGAAAGAGAGAUGUCACUUCAUUUUAAACCUCAUACGACUGUGACUUUGUCUUUGUUUUAUUUUUGGGCUGGGAACAGGAGGGGAGGAGGCUUUGUCUUUCAGGAGUGUUGUUUUUAUUUUUGGACACGUACACGUCUGUCACUCACCUGCUGCUGGGCCUGCUCAUGUUCUGCAUGGAUCAUCCUGUAACCAUCGUCUGCGAGCCACGAGGCGAGGGGAGAAGGGAUGAGACACGACAACAUAUACAUCCAUACAGAGUGUUUUUAAUUUCUUGUUAUUAUGUUCGGGGUUUAGAGGGUUACAGCUGACUUGUAACGUGUCUCAUUUUGCCAUUGGCUUCACCAACAAUCCACCGAGGAGACAAAAGCACAGAGUACCAGCUGGGUGUUCGUUUCUCUCUGCAUGUGGGUUUUCAUUCAUCUGCUGCUAUUUUCCGAUUAACUUUCUCCCCGCCUCCUGUAUGUUUUCUUUCCUUUGAUGGAGUGCCCAACAAAGCUGUUGUGUCUCUGGUUGUUUGCUCACAGAUAACUGCAAAGAGGUUGUCUUUACUGGUUUCACACAAGCAGAGAGCAGUGUUCUGUCUUAAUGACUCCACGGAAGGCACCGCCAUGUCGGACAGGUAAAACUCUGAGCGAGCUCGGUCACAUCGCAGUGCCUCUCGUUUCUUUUUAUGUCACGAAUUAAAACUUGUGUUUACGUGAGCGGUGCUCAAAAGUUUCUUUUGGCAAUCCCAGACAAGAGCAGAAAAACAUGCAUCCUGAUAGCAUCGUUAAAGGUGCUGCUUGUAGCAUUCUGAUCCAAGGAUUAUCCCCAUGUCCGGUCUGAUUAGUGUAAAAGCAUCUUUCAGGGAAGAACUGCAGUUUGCAUCAUGUGAAACCAGAUGUGUUUGUACAUUUGCAUGAUUUUCACCCUAAAACAUGGUAACACUUAAAGAUAAAUAGAAUAAGGACUGUGUCCACUAACGUCUUCUUUUGUGCUGUUAGUGCUGUAGACUGUGUAAAACAUGGAAGUAGUCUCCGUGACGUCACCCAUUGAUUUUUGAAGCGGUGUUUAAAGCCUGUCGUUGGAGGUCGCCAUGUUGCCUGACUCAACCUAACUUUUGGUCGACCUUACAAGAGGCCAAGAGGGGGAGUUGAAGCGGGCGUUUAGCCUCAUCGCUAACAGCUUCAUUUCGUCCACUUGUUAGUAAAGUCAGCUGUGCCUCUAAUUAGAGAAUAACUUAAAAAUGCUUUUUUUUAUAUUCACCUUUGUACCGUGUGUUCUGAUAGACCUAAAUCCUUUUUUAAACAUGUUUAUUUUUGCUUCAGAGGUCAGCUUUUCUGAACAGGUGUGUAGUGGCCCAUGAGGCUUUUACAGCCAGCCUCCAAUGGACACUUCAGGAACUGCAGUUUUUAACACUUCUGCAUUGGCUUCUUUUCUAAAGACCAGAAGUCGCCUCUUGGCCAACCCCUUUUUUCAAUUCAGAACAUGCACUUCAGUUUUUUCAGCGCUCAGCAUCCCUAGCAUCAGCUGAUUUUAGUCGUUGUGCUCAGUGCACUCUCAGAUGAAAUGAGCUCAACUUUUGGAACACCAGCGGUCUCGUCAGUGUCACUUCUUGAUCACCAGCUAAUCAGAUUCAAGAGGGGGCGAGACUUCUUCUAUCAACUCUGCCAACAACAAUGGCAGAAGUCUGUAAAGAGGAGAAAAUAAGCCACUCUAAUGUUUUCAUGGUUUAGCUGCUGCUUAUACUUCGAUAUAUGAUCUUUUUAGAAUGCGAAUUGAAUGAAAGCAAAUAUGAAGCAUACAGUAAGUGAAGUAAGAGUGCUGUUGGACAACUUUCCUAUCCUCUCGAGCUCCCGUGAGAAGCACUCUGGACUCUAUCAGCACAGAAACCAGCAGUUAGUGGACACAGGCCUUAAGCUAGCACAUAGUAUCUUAUUAGCAUGCACAUGAGUAGCUUAUUAGCUCUUUGUUGGUCUUUAUUUGGCGCUUGGUGAUGCAGGACUGUAUCCUACCACAACAUGGCCGUUAAGUCAGAGUUUUAUCUCAGUCUCUUUUCUACUGAUAAUAGUAAGGACUGCAUGAUGAUUGUGUCUCAUUGAUACGUAUUGGCUUUAUGAGCUGCUAGAGUCACAAUCAUUAACAAAGCUUCUAAAGAUCAUAGUUCAUUCAACACCUGUAAUCAAUAAGCACUAAUGAGGAGGUUACGUCAGAUUGUGUUGAAGUUUGUCACUUUAGAUCUCAAAGUUGCAGAGAGGAACUAAAACCAUAAUUUACCUUGAUCUGGUUUGAAGCUACACCAUCAGGGUGGAGGUGGAUUCGACCAUAGUAAGAAUAUUGGGAGGUUUUCCAUGCGCUCCUGCCAACAUGGCAUCAAAGCAGCAUGAGGACAGUAGCCAUGCUGUUAUUAAGGAUUUAAGCCUAAUAUAACAAAAACUCAGGGCUCCUCAGGAGGAGGAAUCUUAGUUAAUGUCAAACAAGUGAAAACAGGAGGAUAACAAGCGCUCACAGAGGCAGUGUGGUGGACUCCAGGUAAAUGUCAGGUCCUCUUCAAGACAACAGAGGAAUCCAUGAGGGCUGACUUCAGGCACACUAAUAGAGGAAAGGAUGAAGUAAACAGCAGAUUGGUUUCAACCCUGAUGGAGACUACUGGGGAGUGUACCUGAAGACGGCCUUCAUGGAUUUCCUCUGCCGGCAUUAACUCUUGGUUAACAACCUGGUAGUUACAGAAUAUGGACAUGAUAGAUAAGACUUUAGAGCAUUUAAAAAGACAAGCAAAGAGCCAACAUCUUACUCGUGUGCAUGCAAACAAGAAACUAGUAACUGUUGAAUAUGUCUUCAGCAGAUAAAGUGUUACCAGACUUGUAACUGACCCAACUUUCCCCUCCCCCUCUUUAAUAUGCACAGGUUCACUUUAACUCAUCAUCAUAAAGGGCUAAUAUCUGCUCUCAGUCCCCAAACCAGAAACACAAACCUGAAGUCUUUGUCUCCGUGUCUCACAUCAGAUCUCAUUUCUACUGAAGCAUUCAUUUAUUCAUUCAGAGUUUUCAUGACGGACUAGUUUCCAUGCCUCUGAGCACCAACAGGUGUGGGACAGCAGACAUCUAAUCAUGCAGCCAUGUGCCUCACCCAUCCCUGCUGUAUGUCUAUACCAGUAGCAGACAGUUGCUUAGCAACUGGCUCCCAGCUAGAUGCAUCUUUGGCAUAGCUCUGCAAAAAAAGUCAAACAAUUAAAAUGAUGGUGAAACGUU